CGGAGGCAGUGAAAGAAAGGAGCUGCUCUCGGUAAGCACAGCAGUGCCGCUGGAUCUGUCGACGACCUCAGGCUCCAGCCCCCCUCCAAAAGAAAGGGAAAAAAGGAAAGCGACGUGACACCUAACGUUUUAUUUUGUAAUUUUAUUUAUUUCUCGAUGUCUCGUCGCCUCAAACAAGAUGUAACUUUUCUGACAUCACCACAGCUACAUUCAUGCAUUUGAAAGGAGCCGGGAGCGAGUGCGCAGAGACGAGAAGCCGAGCUGUCGGAGCGAAUGGAACUUAUUGUUGUGCAUUUGUUUUGACUAUGUUAUCCCCAAGUGAGUUUGGCUUCAGUCCGUCUCUGUUCGUCGUCGACUCUUGAAUAUAUAUAUUUAUAUAUAUACAUCUGUAUAUAUAGAUAUAUAUAUUUCCGGGGGAUUUAAUCCGAAUUCUUCAAACGGGGAAACACCGAAGGAGGAUUCUGCAAAGCCAGCAAGCUUUUCCUUACAGAGCCGGGGAUUUAAAUCGUCCUUUGGAGCUCCGGGAGAAGCGAUAGUCAAAGAAAGAAAUUCAUGUGGCCAUUCUCUCUAUAGCCAAACAUUUUUGGGGGAUUGCAUAAUGAGCAAGGAACGACCUAAGAGGAAUAUCAUCCAAAAGAAAUAUGAUGACAGUGAUGGGAUCCCGUGGUCGGAGGAGCGGGUUAUGCGAAAGGUGCUUUACCUCUCCCUAAAGGAGUUUAGGACUGCACAAAAACGGCAGCUGGAUGGGGAUGGAACCACAAACUCUAAUGGUUCCCUCGCCAAUGGGCAGCUCAACGGCUCGGGGUCAAAGGGCAGCCACAAAGAAGACGGGUCGUUGCGCCGUCAGGGCCUGAAAGGAAGCAGCGAGUACUGCGAGGACAGUCCUGCAAAAAAGAGGCCUCGGCUCCAGGCCCAGAGGAAGUUUGCCCAGUCGCAGCCCAACUCGCCCAGCACUACGCCCAUCAAAGUUGCUGACUCGGGCGGCCUGAACGCCGGCCUUUCCACGGUGCCAUCCACGUCCCUCUCGUCCCUCUCCGCUUCAUCCCCGUCCUCCUCCAUCCAGGACCUCUCCAGGCGCAAGCCCAAGACGGAGGACUUUCUCACCUUCCUCUGCCUCAGAGGUUCUUCUGCCUUGCCCAGCAAUAUGGCCUACUUCGGAAGCUCCCAGGAGGAGGAGGACCUGGAGGAAGACGACGAAGAGGAGGAGGAGCAGGUGAGGAAUGGAGGUGGCGUACACUCUGCGGGAAGCAGCAGCCAAGCCUCGGCUUCUUCCUCCUGCCACUCGACACCCCGCAAGGGCAAGCUUCCCGCCAGGCAGCCGCUUAAUGGGCACGUUUUUCACAGCCACAGUAAAGCGGGGACCAGGGAGAGUCCGAGGCCCAAGGGCGGCGCUCACGGCAGGGAUGCGCCUGCCCCGCCGCUGCCACCCCCUCCACCUCCACCUCCGCCCCUCCUGAGAGAACGCAGCGAGCGGGCAGAGGCGCGGGAGCACGCAAGGGAGCUGCAGGCCAUGGCCAACAGUAGAGGUUCAGCCAACGGGCUGCCACUGAGGAGAACUUCAGAGGACCUGCGCAAGCAGGUUUCUAAAGUAAACGGGCUGACACGGGCGGGCUCGGCACAAGCCGUCAAUGGUGCCAAAAAGAGCCGCGACUUCCGACUGCCCUCCAAAACUGUGAAGAAGUACACAGCCACCGUGUCCAAGGGCCACGUCACCUACACCAAAGCCAAACAGAAAGAACUGGGCAAGAAAACCAAACUCAGCAGCAGCAACAAACACAACAGCGCCGCCUCGGCACCAUCGUCAGCGAACAAUCACAAUCAGCACAGCCAGCCAGCAGCCAGCAAUGGGCUGGCCAACUCAGGAAAAGCAGCGGCACCAGCCCACCACAGCAAUGCAAAAACCCGCAAACAGGUGCUACUAUCCAAUGGGCUGCACAAUGUGGCUGCCGGCGGCCGUCCCAACGGCAGGCUAAAUGGGCAGCGGCACAACACCCUGGCCAAGGAGGAUGCACAGAAACUGUGCCAGCAGGGCCAGGGGGAGUGCCAUGGUCGAGAAGGACUGCGGAACUCCAAGCGGCGUCUGGAGGUGCUGCUCAACUCGGUGGGGACGGGGGUGGUUGAGCACAAAGCCAAAACGCAUGGCACUGAGGCCAAGAAGGCCAAGCUCCAAUCCACUCCUUUGGAGACCCGCAGCAGCAGCAAGAAGGUGGCCAAUCAAGAGAAAGCUACCACGCAAAACACCUCGUCUACCACUCCAAUUUCUAAUGGACACGAAUCAGAAACACCCCCUUCUCCUAAACAAACUCAACCUGUUACCCCACCUCCAUCUUCUACUCUCCCUUCUCAACAAACCCUGCCUCCUUCUACACCAGCAGCCAACGCGGAGCCGGUGAACCAGCGACCUAAGCGGGCAUCGGCUGGCAAGCUGAUGUUGAUACGACAAGCACAGCAGCAGCAGAGCAGGUCCCAUGGUCGGAGUGCCUCCUCCCCCUCAUUAGGCCAGAAUCACUCACCGAACCCCAGUCACGUCAGCACUACCUCAGACCCCCAACAAACCUCUGUGUCCUCCUCCACCUCUUCUCCUCUUACUUCCACCAACAGCCCUGGACAGCUCAAACCGGCAGCAUUGCGGGCUGUUGACCGUGACAAGGAGUGGGAGAGUGAGAAAGAGCUGACGCGUCAGAAGGAACGCGAGCAAGAGAAGGAGUGGGAGCGCCACCGGAGUAAGACGGAGGGCUGGGCAGCCCUGGGUGAAGUCCCCAUUUUCCGGCCGGCUCCAAGGGAGUUUCAGGACCCCCUGGUGUACUUGGAUGCGGUGAGGGAACAGGCUGAAGUGGCUGGCAUGUGCCGUGUGGCGCCACCACCAGACUGGCGACCAGAGUGUAAGCUGAGCGAGGAGAUGCGUUUUGUUACACAGGUGCAGAGAGUCCACAUGCUGGGCCGGCGCUGGGGCCCCAAUGUGCAGCGGCUGGCUUGCAUCCGCAAGCACCUUAAAUCUCAGGGCAUUACCAUGGAUGAGCCACCUGUCAUUGGUGGCUGCGAAGUGGACCUGUCUCGUUUUUUCCAGCUCAUCAAUGACAUGGGCGGCAUGCAGCAGGUGAUGGACCUGAAGAAGUGGACCAAGCUCGCCGACCUCCUGCGCAUCCCCAAGUCUGCACAGGAUCGGCUGGCCAAGCUGCAGGAGGCUUACCUGCAGUACAUCUUGUCCUACGACUCACUCGGUGCUGAGGAGCGCUUGAGACUGCAGACUGAUGUGCUGCAGGAGAAAAAGGACCUGGAGUCUCGCCGCGGCCCUCUGGAGGGCCUCGCAGAUUCUUCAGCGCCUGGCGCUUUCUCUCUGCCGCGCUACGAGCCCAAAAACGGGCUCGUUGGCGGGAUAGUGGGAGGGGCAACAGGAAACCACCGCACCAAUGGAGUGUAUCACCAUCUGAAGGAACUGGAGGCUCAGGUCAAAGCAGGCCGGCGCCGGCUCUUCGCUCAGGAAAAACAAGGCAAAGAGGACAGGCAGCAUGCGGAAGAGCAGGAGGUGGAGGACAGGGGUGUUCUCAGUGACCAGCACAAAUGUAUUUACAAGGUGAGGAUGAAGACGACACUUGCUGUUUAUGGCACACAUUUGAAGCAUACAGACAAGAGGCACGGGAAAUCGGUGUCUUUGACCAACUUCUUCAGGAUAGCGCGGAACACCAUGACCAUGUGCUUUAACAAGGAACCGUCUGCUGCUGAGGUUGAGCAAGAGUACUGGAGGAUUGUGGAACAGAGAGAUUGCCAUGUGGCAGUGCAUUGUGGGAAGGUGGACACCAGUACACAUGGCAGUGGUUUCCCCACAGGAAAGUCAGAGCCAUUUUCAAAACAUGGAUGGAACCUCAAUGUCCUCCCAAAUAACUCUGGAUCCAUACUGAGGCAUCUGGGUGCUGUGCCUGGGGUGACCAUUCCCUGGCUAAACAUUGGCAUGGUCUUUUCUACCUCAUGCUGGUCUCGAGACCAAAAUCGCCUUCCAUAUAUUGAUUACUUACACACUGGUGCUGAUUGCAUUUGGUAUUCUAUCCCUGCUGAGGAGAAGGCUAAGCUGAACAAGGUGGUCCAUACACUGCUUCAGGCCAAUGGCACGCCAGGACUAGAGAUGCUGGAGAAGAAUAUCAUGAUAUCUCCAGAGGUGCUGUGCCGUGAAGGCAUCAAGGUUUAUCGUACUGUCCAGCGGAGUGGCCAGUUUGUGGUCUGCUUCCCCGGUGCCUUUGUCUCUAAAGUGUGCUGUGGCUACAGCGUGUCAGAGACGGUGCACUUUGCCACACCACACUGGAUGAACCUGGGUUACCAAGCCGCAAAGGACCUGAAAUGUCGUUGUAUAGCCAAACCAUUCUCAAUGGAGAAGCUACUGUAUCAGAUCGCCACAGCUGAGUCCAAGAGGGACAACGGCCUACUCCUCACCACCAUCUCCACCCUUCUCAAAGACCUCAGGAACAUAGAGAUGCGCCAACGUCAGGAACUUUACAAGGCAGGUUUGCUCUCCUCUGCCCGUUAUGGCACACACGAUGGCAGCCUGGGACCCAUCGAGGGACGUAAGAAGCCUCGCGGCAAAUGGCUGACACUGGAGUCCUCAGAGAGGCGCUGCCAGAUCUGUCAACAUCUCUGCUACCUGUCCAUGGUGGUUCGGGAGACUGACAAUGUGGUCUUUUGUCUGGAGUGUGCCCUGCGCUAUGUGGAGAAGCACAAAUCCUGCAGAGGCCUUAAGAUGAUGUAUCGAUAUGAUGAGGAGCAAAUCAACAGUUUGGUGAGCCAGGUGUGCGGACGAGCCAUGUUGAAGAACGGAGGAAGCAUCGACGCUGGAGGAGUCAUUGUUAGUGGCGGAGGAGGGGACCCCUGCCACGGCUUAAGCCCUGCCAAAGCAUCGCCAGCCAAGCGAGGACCCCGAAAACGCGCCACCGUAGAGGUGUCUCUGGCCCGCCUGUCGUCCAGCCACAUGCCCAAGGCCGCUGCCGUGUCCUGAGGCGGGACGCCUCAACAUUGCCACCCAUGUGUGCUGUGCCCACAUCCCACCACACCCCCUCCACUUCUCUGAAUCCCUGUGUUUUUGUUUUUCCACAGUAAGCAGGAUCACUAUCAAACCGCUCCUUCUUCACCGCCCGAUGUUAGAGAUUGUUUUUGAGCUUUGAAGACCCCCCUUGCCUGACCUCAGUCUCCAUCUCUUUAAUAAGCAAGAGAUUCUCCUCUCCUUUAGUAAUGACAGGCUUGUUAUAAGGAAAAGGAACUAAAAAGAGAAAAGCAAGAUGUCUUUUUUGCACUAGUGUGAAAGAAGAAUUUGUUUUUAUUUUGGAUGAUUUUAGAACACACACACCUCUCUCUCUCCGAGUCAAUAUUGAAAGCAUUAAGUAUAAUGUUCACAGACUUGACAGGCCUCAUUUUACCCUUUAGCUCCACCUCCACCCUUCCUCAGCUGAUAGGAGGUUACAAUAAUUACCUUUUUCUUGCAUCACUCUUUCCUGCCUUCCUCUCACCCAUGAUACUGAUACAUCACAUGUCCCUCAACUGUGAACACAGGAGGAAUGAAAAGGCGGCCUUCCCCCCACUCACCACCGCUCCCUCCCUCCCAUGAUUUUGUGAAAUGAAAAUGACAUCAAGUAGUUGCCCAAAGUUUCUCUCUGUCCUUUAUUUGAGGAAGAGGAAUCACUUUUAAUGUAUUCUUGAUGCAGUUCCUGCCUAUUUUUUCUUUCUUUUUAAUGAAAUGUGGGUUGGAGAUGCAAGGUAAAAAAAACUUGAAAGACAGAUGAUGUUGGUUUACUGUUGGUUGGCUACAAUUUGUUUUUGUUUUUUUCCCCAAGUUCAGUUUAUGAAUCUUAGCUUUCUUUUUUCGAUAGUUUUGUUUUGUCGUGAGAAAUUUUCUGUGUAUAUUUUUUAUUUUUGUCAUCAUUGUGGACGUUUUCUUUUUUGUUUUCUGUUCGUCGGCGGACGUGAGAGGGGCAGAGCUGCAGCUGCUUG